AUGAGACAUCCUGAGGACGGAGUGCCGAUCAUAGUUGAACAUCCACUUGAUGUGAUCGUAUCGAAGGGAUCGCCGGCAACAUUGAAUUGCGCUGCAAAACCUCCCGGAGCACGGAUUACUUGGUACAAAGAUGGACAACCUGUAACAACCAAUAAGGACCAAGUAAAUAGUCAUAGAAUAAUUCUUGACACCGGAGCGUUAUUUCUUUUAAAAGUCAACAGUGUAAUACUGAAACAACAAGCUCUGAUUGAAUUUUUAGGAAAGAACGGGAAAGAUGGUGAUUCGGGUUCAUAUCACUGUGUAGCACGAAAUGAGCACGGUGAAGCGCAAUCACGAGAAGGAACACUGAAAAUCGCCAUGCUUCGGGACGACUUCCGAACACGACCACGCACCGUGCAGGUCGAACAUAGCGACUCUGGUACCUAUCAGUGUGUAGCAACAAAUAUGGUCGGAGAACGAGUGUCAAAUCCAGCGAGAUUGAGCGUUUAUGAAAAGCCGAAGUUUUUGCAAGAGCCAAAGGAUGUUACGGUUGAUGUUGGUUCAUCGGUGCUUUUUGAUUGUCGUGUAUCAGGUGAACCACAGCCACAAAUCAGCUGGAAGAAGAAGAAUGAUCAAAUGCCGGCACCUCCAACGUUUCAAACAAAGCCAACAGAUCAGAUAGUUGCUCCUGGUUCAACUGCUACUUUUGAUUGCAUACCAGUUGGUCAGCCGACUCCCGCUUAUUUUUGGAGUAAAGAAGGACAGCAGAAUCUUCUGUUUCCUGGUCAUGUGUCAGCGGAUGGGCGUAUAAAGGUGUCAUCUUCUGGAACUCUUACAAUUUCCGAUGUGCGUCCUCCAGAUGAAGGUGCCUACGUUUGUGCAGCGAUGAACUCUGCUGGCAGCUCACUUAGCAAAGCGUUAUUGAAGCUUUCGGCAAAAGGUAUGUUGCUCUCUUUUACUGUUUCCUUGUGUGUUUUUGUCAGUGGACUCCAUCGCCGUCUUCGACUGUGUUCUCUUGAAGCAAUAUCCUAUGAAUAUGCAGUAUCGUUUUAG